GACUGCGCGUGCGCCGGUGUCCCGGUAUAGGCUCGGAGUGAGGCCUCUGUCCUCCGAGCUUCGUACGUUCAGCGGGCCUCUGCUCUCAUGUCUCCCCGGCUGUUGAGGCUGGUUUCCGGCUCGGACUCUGCGGUUCUCUGACUCCCUGUUCGCGGUGUAUUGGUUCUCGGAUGGCGGCGAUGCUCUGGCUGGGAGCGGCGGCGGCGGUCCUCUGCCUGGUGCCCGGCUCCCUGGGAGGCGCAGGCCGGCUCUACACGGAGGAGGACCCGCUGGUGAUCCUGAGCAGCGACAGCCUGAAGUCCGCCGUCACUAACUCGUCCUCGGCCUGGCUCAUCCAGUUCUUCUCGUCCUGGUGCGGACACUGCAUCCAGUACUCCAGCACAUGGAAGGCUCUGGCCCAGGACGUGAAAGACUGGCAGGACGCCAUCAGCGUGGGUGUGUUGGACUGCGCUCAGGAGGAAAACUUUGACGUCUGUAAGGACUACAGCAUCAAGUUCUACCCCACCUUCAAGUUCUUCUGGGCCCACAGCCCACCAUCGGAGCGAGGGACGACCUACAGAGGUGCCGACCGGGCGAUCCCGUCUGUCCGUCAGCUGAUGGUGAACGUCCUGCAGAACCACACUAAUCUGGACCGGCCCAACCACUGCCCUCCUUUGGAGCCCUACAGCGCUGCUCAACUGCUGCCUCUGCUGGGUCAAAGGUCAGAUCACUACACGGCCAUCCUGGUGGAGGAACCGGACUCGUACGUGGGGCGAGAGGUGAUCCUGGACCUGCUGCAGUAUUUGGGUGUGCAGGUGAAGAGAGCUCUGAGCUCUGAUCGCCCCCUGGUGGACGCUCUGAAGCUCACUGCCUUCCCUUCCAUCUACCUGCUUCAUCCCAAUGGGACACAUGCACACCUGCACAGCGAGAAGCCGCUGCGUUUCUUCUUCUCCUCCUUGCUGAGGACGUUACCUGGAGUCCAGCGCCGUUUGAAGUCGAGCAGCACCAGCAGUUCCGGUGCGAGCCAGGUGGGGGCGCUGCCAGGCAAACAGACCACAGAACCAUGGAGGGACUUUGACAAGUCUAAGGUGUACACGGCCGACCUGGAGACGGCCCUCCACUACCUGCUGAGGGUCGAGCUGGCUACCCAUAAUACACUGGAGGGGGAGGAGCUAAAGAUCUUCAAGGACUUGGUGACUUUAGUGGCAAAGGUAACCACGGCAAGCAGAGCAGCUUUGCAUAACUGCUCUCUGAGCGACGACCCCCUCUUCCCUAAAGCUCCAUGGCCAAGCCCCUCCCUCUGCGCUUCCUGCCACGAGGAGAAAAACGGCGUCCACGUCUGGAACCAGGACAACGUCCUCCGCUUUCUACGACAACACUACGCCGCCUCCAACCUGUCCCCCGAGUACUCCGUGACCCCCCCUCGACCUCCUGCUCCUCCAGUUCCCAAGGAGCACGAAGGAGGCGCGAGGAGCGACUCGGAGAAGAAGUCCUCCACCCAGACUCCUCGUCCGGGACGCCAGGCUGUGAAGGGGGAGGAGAGGAGGGAGGCGGUGGGUGUGGCUGGAGGAGGGGGCGGAGUCUGGCUUCUGGGCUUUAACAGCGUGGACAUGAGUCUGUGUGUGGUGCUGUACGUGUGCUCCUGCCUCUUCCUCAUGCUCCUCUUCUUCUUCUUCAAAGUGCGAUCCAGGAGGUGGAAGCUCCGCUCCUCCCGCCUCCACGUCUGACCCGGUGGGUGGAGCCAGGACCAGAGCUGGUUCUGGUUCAGGGCUGAUUUCAGCUGUUUCUCAUAGACUGAUCGGCGCCUGAUCAGGUGAUGGCAGGAGGUCAAAUGUGAGCGGCACAAACAAAGUGAUGUUUGUCUGUGGAGGCGGAGCUGAACGCUUCCUCUCGCCGGGAACACGAGCGAUGAAGAACGAGCUCUGUGGACGAAGACCCACGACGUGUAACUGACCCCGAGAAUUAUCUUAAAUGUGACAGACUCUGGUCCUUCUGGGGUCGAGCGACCAGAGCCGAGGAGUCCGUCCCGACGGAGCCGAGAUAAAAACCUGAACCGCAGUCAGCCCUGAACCAAAGCACAACCAGCCCUGGUUCUGGAUUUACUCGCUCGUAUGUGGACACCCGUCUGGACUCUCAGGUCUGACUGUAUUUAUUUUUACCUGUCGAACUCCUCUGGACCCUCUGACCAGGUGUGUGAGACCUGGACAAGCUGCUGUGGGCUGGGGUCAUUUCCCAGAAUCCCACAGGAGGACCUGAGGGUAGACCCUUAACAGCCUGGACGUGACAGUAUCAAAGUGAGUUCACUUUGUGCCAAACCUUUAACCUGCUGACAGAAGACACACCUGUCCUCUCAGGCCCCGCCCACUCCCCACUCCAUGUGUGUGUGUGUGCUGUUGUAUGUCUGUGUUUGUGAGGACUUUGUAAAUUGUAGGCUUUGUGAGGACACCGUAGGAGGGAAACCCGUCCCGAUAAACUGAUGACUGAUUGUAGUUUUGAAGUGAUUCUUGUUUAUCACUUUAAUUUAUUUCCUGUAAAUAAUUCGAACCCCGAAGGCCCAGAGUGAGUUUGUUUUCUACUAAACAACCAAAAUGAUGAAGCACAUGUGAAAGCCGUGUUUACCGGUUGUAUAAAUGUUUGUUUGUUCCAGAUUAUUUUCUUCAAAUAAAAUCAAACUGCUGAAA